CAGCCGCAGCAGCUCGCGGACAAAACGUGAGCCUUCAGUCCUUGGCGAUGCGCUCGGGAUGUGCCAGAAUCUAGUGGGAGAGUGGCUCCGAGCAGAAAGUGCAGCCUCCCUGGGUGAGCCUGCGCUGCUGACAAGUUGGGAUCGCCUGUCGCAGCAUUUCCCGACAGUCUGAGCAGCGAUUGUCCCUCUCUCUCUCUCGUCCUCUGGCGUCGCAAGCAUCUCAAGUCUGCCUAUUUCCGUCCCAGCUCUUCGUUCGGCUUGUUCUUGGAAACAAAGACGCUGGAUGUAAUUGGUCGCACACGAUAUUUUAUGGCAAGAGCUACAGAUGCAGAGACUCAGUGAGGAAGCCGACGCAAGCUCGGAUGAGGAGUUUCUGGACGCUCCGGGUGAUAUGUCCACGAUCUCUUUGGAAACGUCCACAUUUCCCGAGCAGAUAAGUGUGGAGAGCCAAGAUGAAGAGGAAGGUAUGUCCAGGAGAGGGGAAGCGUGGGCCACGGAGCCUCGCGUGCUGCUGCUGGUGCUGCACGGCAACGGCCAGGAGCCAAAAUUCACGGGCGCCCUCGGAGCGCGGUCAUCGUCCAGGGACAGGGCGCCGUUUGUGACGGAGGCCAGGUUCGGUCGUUCCGGCAGCGGUGCUGCGGCGCAGGCGGGCGGUGCGGAGGCGCGGUGCGCGCACAAGGACGCUCUCAGCCUGCACUCGGCCAUCGACGCCGUGAGCAGGGCACACUUCCCGGCUGCCGUGGGGCGCGUGAGCGUGAGGGCAGUGCCGUGUCCGCCCAUCUGCGCCAGCGCCUUUGCCAUCCUUACGCAACUGAGUCCGCACGGCUCUGACGCGAGCUGUGAGCCCAGCAACUCGGCCCCGGCGUCUCUGUCCGUGCUGCCGCUCCUGGCGACAUCCAGCCCCCAUUACCAGGAGGCCGUGAGCACUCUGAUCCACCGGAUCAACCACGCUCACCGCGCCUUCCUCUCCUCCUCCGAGGGCACUGCAUUUCAAGGGAAGGUGUGCUUGGUGGGAGACGGCGUGGGUGGGAUCAUGGGGUUCGAUGCCCUGUGCUGGAGCAAACGGGCACCAAGCGACAGCUGGGACAGCAGCCGACAGGGAAGCUUUAAGAGCACUCGUGACCUGAGUUUGAUUCCCGGCUCUAGCUGA